GAUACCAUAAAAACUCACUAGCGGAUCCGGAUCCAAAAAAUGUCGGUACGUCUGCGAGAUUUUUGCACCAAACGUUGUUGAGUAUUAUAAUCUAAGAGUAUACGCGCACGCGCUUUUCUUCUAUUUAUAAUACAUUUGUAAAGCAUUCAGAACUAAUGCAGUUGUACUUUUUCUAGCUUGCUCAGUUUUCAGCCACAGGUUUUCGUGUGUAAUGGCAGAAUCAACAACAAAAAGUAAGUGGUUCUUGGCAGUAGUGCAUUGUUCGUAAAUUAAUCGUUUUUUUAACGUCAGCAUAGAUGCUAGAUCACAAAAACGAUUCCACAUCCACGUUAUAGUUCGAUUGAAUGACACAAAAGUAUUGCUACUAAGAUCUAACUGUAUGCACAUCUAGAAAGUUCAGACCCAAAACUUGAAAGAAACAAAAUUUAAGUUAAAAAAACUUCCUGUUCAGUUUCGAAUUAUAUAUCCGACAAAUGAAGUGUUACAAAAUGAUUGUAUUAAUAGCUGAAGUAAGGAGAAAUAAAAAGAAGCAAGUGAUAUUAUGGUUUGGCCAAGUAACUCUACUAUAGCAAUGUCUUUCUGUAACGUUGUUUCUGCAUUUUUUUUCCUUCAUAGUUUUCGGACGAAAGCAGAUCCAGUUCAUAGUUUUCGGACGAAAGCAGAUCCAGUUGCUGAGCUCUGGAUCUGCUUUCGUUCGAAAACUAUGAAGGAAAAAAAAUGCAGAAACAACGUUACAGAAAGACAUUGCGGUAGCAGAGUCACUUGGCCAAGCCGAUCGCUACGAAUUUUUUGUUUGCAUUUUGUAUUGAGAUUAAUAUGCUGUAUGGGUCUUUAGCCACGAUGCUUAAAAUAUUUAUUCUUUUCCUCAAAAGCCCCAGACUCUGAAAAGAUCACACUUCAAGAUCAACAUUCAUUAAGUGCAUUAAUUGUUGUUGAUGUUCAAAAUGAUUUCAUUCAUGGUACAUUGGCGAUGAAAGAUUGCCCAGCUAAACAAGAUGGUGGAGCAGUUAUACCUGUCAUCAACCAUUUGUUGAAAACUGUUCCCUUCCAUGUCGUUGUCUACACGCAAGACUGGCAUCCGAAAGAUCAUAUUUCAUUUUAUGAAAACUUGCAGCUUAGACAAGAUUUAGUUUCAUGCGAAAGCAAAGUAUGUGCUACAACAGCUAAACUCUACGAUACUGUUAAAUUUAAAAAACCAAUGGGGGAACAAACUCUGUGGCCGGCGCAUUGUAUUCAAAAUACAAGUGGUGCUCAGCUACAUGAAGCCUUGAGCAUUGCCGAUAAUUCUAUAUUCAUAUUGAAAGGCGACAAUCCGACCAUCGACAGCUACUCAGGAUUUUGGAGUAAUCAAAGACAAACUAAAACCGAUUUGGAUAAAAAGUUGAAAGAACGAAAUAUUCGUAAUGUUUACGUUUGUGGAUUGGCACUCGAUUUCUGUGUUGCAGCGACAGCUUCUCAUUCGUUAGAACUGAAUUAUCAGACAUUCAUCAUUGAGGAUGCAUGUAGAUGUGCAGAUGAAUUGGUGAUGAAAAUUAAAGUUGAGGAAUUAAAGAAGGAUGGAUGCGAAUUCAUUCAAGCAGAUAUGGUAGAACCGCUGGUCCGUGGCUUCCAGAUACCUAACGUUUAG